ACCUGCCGUUGCUGAUGUUGGUGACGCACGUGACGGAAGGGAGGUGUGGGCAGAACAGUGACGGUUAAUGAGGUCGGUGCGGGAGGAGUCCAUAACUCGUGGGGUGCAGCGAUUGCGUGUUGGGGAAGACGAGCACGACGGCGAGGAAGCAGUGGGGGACGCGCACGACCCCGACUGGAACGACAACGGCGCUGAAGGUGGGGAGGACGACGCAGGCUACAUUUCGUCGUCGAAGCAGGUGACCGCUAUGGGGGGGAGGGGGGGAAAGACGAAGUCGUGUGCUGGUAAUGGUCGUCGGGGCAAAAGGACGGCGGGCAGGGGCAGCGAUGCCGAAGGUGACACCGAUGGUGAAGGAGGUCGUCACUUCUGGUCCGUCGACGACAUUAUAGCCCUCAUCCGGGCUAAACGUGAUCAGGAUGCGCAUUUGCAGGGGAUGGGCCACGCGUACGCUCGGAUGAAGCCGCGAGAAUGGAAGUGGUUGGAUGCGGCGACGAGGUUGAAGAAGGUGGGCGUCGACAGAGAGGCCGAUCGGUGCGGGAAGAAGUGGGACAAUCUGAUGCAGCAGUUCAAGAAGGUUUAUCAUUUCCAAGGACUAUCCGAGAAACAAGACUUCUUCCAAUUGUCUGGGAAGGACAGGAUGUCGAAGGACUUCAACUUCAAUAUGGAUCGUGCGGUUUACGACGAGAUACUGGGGUCGACCGCGAAGAACCACACCAUAAACCCGAAGAACGUCGCGGACACUGGCGCUAAGGGUGGUGUGCGCCUGCCAUCCGCCUCCUCUGCGGAUCCUGAAUCUGUGGGCGACGGGGACGGUGGUGCAGAGCAUGACGACGACGACGACGGGUCCACGAAAGUGCGAGGCGCUGGAAGCGGAGAUCGAAGUGCAGAAAAGCACUACACAGCGUCAGACGAAGUCAGCAAGCUUAUGUGUCACGCCUUGCUGGAGAUAGCGAAGGCCAUCGGCAAACGUUAGACUUAGUGUCGCCUCUGUUGUGCUCUCUAUUCGCUUGCAUGGAAUUUCACGGACCGAAAGUGAUAGUCUUUCCGUCGUCGAUGUAGCUUAGCUUAGCCAUCGCCAUCGUGGUCGACGUGUCGUUCCCCCAAUGGCGGUGCUGGACAAGGAAUUGGGCACUGGUCCGAUUCGGUGGAUGAGUCCUUCAGUGAAAUUAGUUUUCUUUUGUAAAAAUUGUUUUAUUUUUUACAUUGUUCGGCUCGUUUGUUGUUGGAGUCGAUCGUGUGACAGGACGGAUGAUACCGUCAAAUCUGAAUUGUAAUUGGUAUCGAUGUAGUGCAGUAUGCACUUUCCUUUUUUAAAUGACGACAUCGAUUUCGUUAUCUCUCUCUCUCGUUUCUUUUUAUCUUUGCCGUAAAUGAAAUGCAGAGGUGUAA